AUGACCAAAUUUCUACUAUUUGGAGGCCUUGGCGAUGUUGAUAGUGUUGCUACCAUCCACAGUAUCAUCUCCAAGCGAGAGCAUACUCCUCUGGUCGAUGCGUUUCUAAGCCAGGCGAGCUCCUUCCUACGGACCAGCUUCGCUCGCCUCCCGCCGCCACGGCAGGAUAUUCCGCCAUUCGUCAAUCUUCGUGAAUUUCUAGCCGCAUAUGGUCAGCAAUCCAGACGCGAUGGUCUCGUUGAUAGUGUGUUGCUGUGCAUUGCCCAGCUCGUGAGUUUUCUCCGCGCCGUCGAGGAAGGCCACGACUUCUUCUCCUCCGACAAUGACAGCGACGCCACGAAGACUUCCAUAAUCGGUCUGUCUUCUGGUCUUAUCGCCGCUGCAGCUGCCUCCUGCCUUUCUCCUGGCAGUCCAUGCAUCCCCAUCGCACUGGAGGCGGUGCGAAUUGCCUUCAAGCUGGGCCUCUACGUGUCGAAAGUCGCUAGCCGUCUGGAGCCCGUGGCUGGAGAUAGUCGAGGCUGGUCUGUUGUGUUACCUGAGCUAUCUGCAUCAGAGGUGCAGUCCGUGCUGGACCAUUUUCAAACAGAGACGUCAAUUCCCGAGCCAAGUCGUGUAUAUAUCAGUGCUGUCGGCCCCCAUGGUACAAUAAUUAGCGGACCGCCUGCUAUUAUUUCAAAGGUGCUCCACCAUCCUGAUGCUUUCCGACAUGCUGCCAGUUACGGGAUUCCCGUAUAUGGCCCUUACCAUGCUCCACACCUGCAUAAUGAACUCAAUGUCGAGGAGAUACUCCAAGGCAACCACCAAGGUAGCCCGGAUAUUCUUGCAUGUAGACCAGCCCUUCCUCUCUUCUUGCAUUCAGACGGGGCCGAUUAUAUGGCCUCUUCGUUUGGCGAACUACUGGCGCAAGUCGUCAACGAUAUCCUUCUCGAAUGUCAAAAUCUGACCGCGAUCACUGAGGCCUGCAGCAAUACUGUUAGAAAGGGGAAGUGCGAAAUAAUUUCCAUUACCCCAACCCGGAUCGCUUCAGAUGUUGCUGCCUCCCUGCAUGCGAAGAUACCAGAUGGUAGUCAACUAGUGCUCUCUGACUUGCAGCAGAUCCGCCCUGCCAUGCACAAUCCAGGGAUUCCUGGAAGGGACAAAAUUGCCAUUGUCGGAAUGUCUGGUAGAUUUCCUGGUGGACAGGAUCUGGAGGAAUUCUGGGAUGUCCUUCAAAGGGGACUUGAUAUGCACAAAGAAAUACCACCGGACCGUUUCGAUGCCAAAGCCCACACAGAUCCCUCUGGGAAAGGGAAAAAUAAAAGCCAUACCCCCUUCGGCUGCUUUGUUGAAAAUGCCGGUCUAUUUGACCCCAGAUUCUUCAACAUGUCACCCCGUGAGGCGGCUCAGACAGAUCCAAUGCAGAGAUUGGCUUUAAUUACGGCUUAUGAAGCUCUGGAGAUGGCUGGUUAUUCGCCUAACCGAACCCCGUCCACCCGUUUGGAUAGGAUCGGAACGUUUUAUGGCCAGACGAGCGACGAUUGGCGUGAGGUCAAUGAAGCUCAGGAUAUCGACACCUAUUUCAUUACGGGAGGUGUAAGAGCGUUUGGACCAGGCCGUAUCAAUUAUCAUUUCAAAUUCAGCGGCCCGAGUUUCAAUGUCGACACCGCCUGUUCAUCCAGUAUGGCUGCUCUUCAUGUGGCAUGUAACUCGCUGUGGACAGGUGACUGCGAUAUGGCUAUCACAGGUGGAUUGAACAUUAUGACCAACCCGGAUAUCUUUGCCGGUCUGAGCAAAGGCCAAUUCCUGUCAAAGGUUGGCCCUUGUCAGACAUUUGACAAUAAUGCUGAUGGCUAUUGCCGUGGAGAUGGUAUCGGGACACUCAUCCUCAAAAGACUAACCGAUGCCCAAGCUGAUAAGGACAACAUCCUUGGUGUGAUCCUCUCCACGGCCACAAACCAUUCAGCAGAGGCCAUCUCUAUAACUCACCCACAUGGCAAGACACAGGAAGCUCUCUACAAAAAAGUCCUGGAUCAAUCGGGAGUGGACCCCGAGGAAAUUUGCUAUGUUGAAAUGCAUGGCACAGGUACACAGGCUGGUGACGGCACUGAGAUGAGCUCCGUCUCGAAUGUCUUUGCCCCAGAGGCCAAUAACCGAGGAGCGAAUCAAAAGCUUUACUUGGGUUCAGUCAAGGCCAAUAUUGGACAUGGUGAAGCAGCCUCCGGGGUCACUGCCAUGAUCAAGGUUCUCCUAAUGCUUCGCAAAAACGCGAUUCCGCCGCAUAUUGGUAUCAAACGAGACAUUAAUAAGGGCUUUCCCGACCUCGCUGCAAGAAACAUCAAAAUUGCAUUUGAUCUGACACCGCUACCUCGUGAAGCUGGGAAGCUUCGCAAGGUCUUUGUCAAUAACUUCAGCGCCGCGGGAGGCAAUACGGCUGUCGUCCUUGAGGAUGGCCCAACGAGGCAGCUCAAGGGUGUAGACCCACGACCACUUCAUGUCAUAUCUGUUUCAGCUCGCUCGUUAGCCUCGUUUAAAGCGAAUGCUCUCAGCUUAGCUGAAUAUUUGGAUAGGAACCCCAAUGUUUCUCUCGCCAGUCUAUCUUACACUACUACGGCUCGUCGCAUUCACCACAACUAUAGAAGGUCCUUUGCCGCGGACAGCGUCCAGUCCUUGAGGAAGCUCCUCUUAAACACUGCUGAAACCGCUAUCGAUCCAGUUCCGUCGUCUCCCCGUGUCACGUUCUGCUUCACAGGCCAAGGAGUCGGCUAUGCAAGCUUGGGACGGGAGUUAUUCGAUACCUGCUCCCAAUUCCGAGAUAGUAUACUUGGUUUUAACCAUGUUGCGAUUUCAUUGGGAUUCCCCGGUUUUCUUCCCUUGAUCGAUGGGAGUGUCGAUGAUAUCUCUGUCCUUUCCCCAGUCGUCAUGCAUGUUGGCUUGACGUCGGUCCAGAUGGCCCUCACUCGCCUCUGGGCUGCGUGGGGUAUCACACCAGACGUGACAAUCGGUCAUAGUUUGGGAGAGUAUGCUGCCCUUUAUGCUGCAGGCAUAAUAUCUGCUAAUGAUACUAUAUACCUUGUCGGCUCUCGCGCACAGCUCCUCGAGAGCUGCUGUAUUCCUGGGAGCCAUGCCAUGCUGGCUGUGAGAAGCGGAGUUUCUGCACUGAAAGAGUUCCUGAUUGACAGCCAAGUGGAGAUUGCAUGUAUUAACAGUCCAACGGACGUGGUUCUGAGUGGUCCAUCCCCUGCUAUUGAAGCUUGCAGGUCUGCAUUGCAGAUGCGUGGACUAAAAUCCAUUACCUUAUGCGUUCCACUCGUCCCAGAUCGAUGCUAUACUUCCUGA